GCCGGGCUGGGCCGUGUCGGGCUGGGCCGGGCGAACGGGAGGAAGCUCCGGGCCGGGCGCUGGCGGGCAGCGGGCUCGGGGCGGACAUGGCGCUGCAGUUCGGCGGGGCGGGCGCGCCGGGCGCGGCUGAGGAACCGACGUUGGUGGGGGGCAGCUUCGGCGCCGCGGACUCGUUCCCCAAGGACUUCGGCUACGGAGAGGAGGAGGAGGAGGCGGAGCUGGAGGGAGGCCCAGGGCCCGGCGGGCCCGGCGGCGGCGCGGGCGGACCCGGCAGCGGCGCGGGCGGGGCGGACUCCAAACCACGGAUCCUGCUUAUGGGGCUGCGGCGCAGCGGGAAAUCCUCCAUCCAGAAGGUGGUGUUUCACAAAAUGUCUCCCAAUGAGACACUGUUCUUGGAAAGUACCAACAAAAUCUACAAAGAUGAUAUUUCCAACAGUUCGUUUGUGAAUUUCCAAAUAUGGGAUUUUCCUGGACAGAUGGACUUUUUUGAUCCAACAUUUGAUUAUGAGAUGAUCUUCAGAGGAACAGGUGCUCUAAUAUAUGUUAUCGAUGCCCAGGAUGACUACAUGGAAGCUUUAACAAGACUGCACAUUACAGUUUCAAAAGCCUACAAGGUCAACCCAGAAAUGAACUUUGAAGUUUUUAUUCAUAAAGUUGAUGGUUUAUCAGAUGACCAUAAAAUAGAAACUCAGAGGGAUAUUCAUCAGAGGGCUAAUGAUGAUCUUACGGAUGCUGGGCUCGAAAAACUUCACCUUAGCUUUUAUUUGACCAGUAUCUAUGACCAUUCAAUAUUUGAAGCCUUCAGUAAAGUGGUACAGAAGCUCAUUCCACAACUGCCAACCCUGGAAAACCUACUUAAUAUCUUUAUAUCAAAUUCAGGCAUUGAAAAAGCUUUUCUCUUCGAUGUAGUCAGCAAAAUCUACAUUGCAACAGACAGUUCCCCUGUGGACAUGCAGUCAUAUGAGUUGUGCUGUGACAUGAUUGAUGUAGUGAUAGAUGUUUCCUGUAUAUAUGGGUUAAAAGAAGAUGGCACUGGAAGUGCUUAUGAUAAAGAGUCAAUGGCAAUUAUCAAGCUCAAUAACACAACAGUCCUGUACCUAAAGGAAGUAACAAAAUUUUUGGCAUUAGUUUGCAUUCUUAGAGAAGAGAGUUUUGAGCGCAAAGGUUUGAUAGACUACAAUUUUCAUUGCUUCCGCAAAGCCAUUCAUGAAGUCUUCGAAGUAGGUGUUGCCUCCCACAGAAUCUGCAACCAUCAAUCAAGCACCUCAAAUAUGAAAGCAGUGACUCACAACGGCACACCUAGGAAUGCAGUCUAGAGGAAAGCUAAUGACCUUGGAUAGACUUGUCAGCUCUUCACUCCAAAGUUUUGUGGAACAAGAGAAGAGUAGUCUGAAAGCCUGAAGUAUGUUUCAGAGGAGAAGAGUGGUCCUAACUGUGGAACAGCGGCUUGUAACUGAUGUUGGACAACUGAAAGUACUGUAAAAAUACUUUGAGGCCAGUGGAGUUAGAAAUGCUGGUUAAAACCAGCUGUAUUGCAAAUGCAGUAGUUUUUUGGUUUGGAAUCCUGUUUUAACAGUCUGUCUCUGACUGAUUGCCUGGUCAAAACUUAAAAACAAUUGAGUUGAGUUUUGUGUGAAACACUGAAUAGUCACUUGCUCAACUUUUUUUAUUAUUAUUAUUUUAAAUUAAUCUGUAGAAUAUCCACUUUUGCUUAAGUUUACCCUUUUGUCAUGCAAAAAAGAAAAAAAUAGUGUUAUUAAGGCUUGUGAAACUCAGGCUUUUUGCUUGCUGAGGCUGGUCUCACGAAUCAUUCCAUUAAGUAGCUCUUGCUGGUGUGUUCAUAAUAUUCUUGUGAAUUCUGUGUUUGUUAAGUGGAUGCAAGGUAGAGCUCUGUUCUAGUGAUUAUGUUUGUUUAGAGAACUGACCUGGGGCUUCAUUUUAAGAGAUCAUGAUACUUCUCUUUCAGACCACAGUUCUUGGUAUGUCCCCUUUGAUGGAAGGGAAGUAUUAAAAUCAGAAAUAAACUACCUGCUCUCUUUUGCAAAAACAUGGAUGUCAUAAAUCUGUGUGAUUAAUCCUGUUCAUGAAACAAAACUGCAUGGCUAACUGAACUGAAAUGUCUGCCAUCUGUUGAAAUAAAGCAACCACUUUCAGCUAUUCCCAAACAAAGAAAAAUGACAAAGUUACUGACUUCUGCUGGUGGAUCUCGUUCCACUCUGGCUGAUAAUCAAGACAAUUCCUAGGAAAAUGUCUGAGGGUGUUAUCCAUGCAUGGCAAUUAAGUAUCGAUCUGCCAUAACCUACUAAUAAUACUGGACUUUGAAAGCAUGUUGAUUCUGUACUAUGACAAACACCUUCUUGUUUGUCACCGAGCUGACUAGAACAGUGUUUUUUCUGAUUUUGUGAAUGCUUACUUUCAUACUAUGGGCAGUCUAUCUGAAUUCUUUAAUUUAUUGAUAUUGGUAUUAUUACAGUCGAUAUCAUACUAUACAUCAGCCUUGCUAUGCAGUAAGCUCAGCCACUGGCCCGUAAAGAUCUUGCCUCUCUUUACCUGUCCCUAUGUGUGUAUAGGUGUUGCAAAGCCAUUGGACCGACUAUACAAGUGCCACUAUAAAAGUUUGUACAAGAAGAACUAACUGUAAGCAAUCUCUGCAACUGGUGUAUUUAUGUGGUCAGAAGUAACCAUGGGAAUGCUUCUGUGCUUAUAGAAAGAACUUUAACUGAACUAUGUAAAAAUGAAUAUACAUGCAUUAACGUUAGGGUAUAUGCACAUACUGAAUAAAUGGUUUUUUUUUACAGCAGGAGACUUUGGAAUUCAAGUGCUCUAGGUCAGUUCUCUUAAACCUAGGCUGAGCCCCUUUUUGGUAAUGGAACUGCAGAGUUGUUUUUUUUAAGGAAGUGCUGCAGGCUUGUAAGAUUGGGGUUUGUAGUUUGCAAGCACUGUCAGAGUGUUCUAAUACUAAAGGUAAGAGAAGAAAUAAUUGGCAAGAUCACAGGAAGAAUGAAAUAAUUCCCAUUUGUGCAGUGAGUUUUCCAUGUUCUAAAUACAUGUGUACGUUCUCUUUGUUUUCACUCACUACAGGAUUUUGUGCUAAUAAAAUGAAAAAAAAAAGGCAAACUGUAA